AGUGUACCACCACCACCUGAAAUUAGCAGAGUACGGAAAGACAUGUACAAUGACACAUUAAAUGGCAGUACAGAAAAAAGGAGUGCAGAAUUGCCUGAUGCUGUGGGACCUAUUGUUCAGUUACAAGAGAAACUUUAUGUGCCUGUAAAAGAAUACCCAGAUUUUAAUUUUGUUGGGAGAAUCCUUGGACCUAGAGGACUUACAGCUAAACAACUUGAAGCAGAAACAGGAUGUAAAAUAAUGGUCCGAGGCAAAGGCUCAAUGAGGGAUAAAAAGAAGGAGGAGCAAAAUAGAGGCAAGCCCAAUUGGGAGCAUCUAAAUGAAGAUUUACAUGUACUAAUCACUGUGGAAGAUGCUCAGAACAGAGCAGAAAUCAAGCUGAAGAGGGCAGUUGAAGAAGUGAAGAAGUUACUGGUACCUGCAGCUGAAGGAGAAGACAGCCUGAAGAAGAUGCAGCUGAUGGAGCUUGCAAUUCUGAAUGGUACAUACAGAGACGCCAACAUUAAAUCACCAACUGCCCAGGCUGCUCCAAGGAUCAUCACUGGGCCUGCGCCUGUCCUCCCACCAGCUGCUCUGCGUACACCUACGCCAGCUGGCCCUACCAUAAUGCCUUUGAUCAGACAAAUACAGACCGCUGUCAUGCCAAACGGAACUCCUCACCCAACUGCUGCAAUAGUCCCUCCAGGGCCUGAAGCUGGGUUAAUCUACACACCCUAUGAAUACCCCUACACGUUGGCACCAGCUACAUCAAUCCUUGAGUACCCUAUUGAACCCAGUGGUGUGUUAGGUGCGGUGGCUACUAAAGUUCGAAGGCACGAUAUGCGUGUCCAUCCUUACCAAAGGAUUGUGACCGCAGACCGAGCCGCCACCGGCAACUAACCUAUGACCUUCUGACCUCUGAACUCUUCACCCAAUGAUGACCUGACCAUGCCUGCCUGCUGAUCAGUUAACUGGUAAUCGCCUUUGCUUGCCUGUCGUCAGUGCAGCGAGCUGAGGCACUUGUCCGUUCGUCUUACCAUCUAACCAAACAAAAGACAAAGAAAUUGUCCUCCAACUCAGCUUUUCCCCUCCUGUUUGGGUGAAAGUGGUUCUAGAACCUGCACUGAAUAGUAGUAAAGCAAUAAGGCCCGAUUCAUCCCACAGCACUGAUCAUCUUUCAAUGCCCCACCCCAAGCGAACGGUAAGAAGGCCUCUCUUAAGAAAGGGAGACAGAUGGCCCUAACUACUCAAUGACAGAGGCAGUUACUGUGAGAGACUUGUAGGAAUCUUUUUCUUCUCAUAGCGAAGUCAAAGCUCUCUCUGAAUGUACUGUGUGACAAUGCAUCAUGCAUGAACCUUCGGUCAGGGAUGUCAUUGGUGAAGUGACUUCAAAAGUAUUCAAAAUUUGACAUGCUGUUUGUUUAGUCACUACAGUGCCCUCAAAGGGCAGAAAUUGCAGCCUUUUUUAUAUUGCCUGCCAAAAUUUGAAGUAUUAGAACAAAGUGUGCCAUGAGAGAAAACUUACCAAGGAGUUUUGAAAAGUAAUGCAAAGAACAAAACUGCGACACUAUUUUUAAAAAGUUGAGUAUCUGAGUUAAAAUUUCCAAAUCUUUAUUUUACACCACCUUAAAAAUUAUACGAGAACAAGGUACAUGCAUUAUGUGUCACAUUACUGGGCAAACUGUUCAAAUAUUUUUUUUAAAACCUCCCUGUAUAGAGAAUAUCAUUAAGGAUGUAAAAGCCAUGCUUGCCUAUUUGCUGUAUACAUGUAAUGAAAUUGUAGAUAAAGUGUAGUGCAUUGAAACAAAUGAACAAAAAGUAGAUACUUUUACUAUACAAGGGUGCUGGUGCAGAAAAAAUAUAUAUAUUUUUGGAAAUGUAGCAUUUUAUACUUUCAAGUGUUAUAAAAAAAAAGAAAAAGAACAAAGAAACCCUUUAUUUCGUUAAAUGAUUUUUUCUGGUGGUUGUCAAGAAACAAAAGACCAAAAGAGCCUUUUUGUCUUUCUUUUUUAUUUUUUAAGUAUUGGAAUAAGUCUAAAGAAAAAGAAAGUGCCUUAUUUUCCUUCAUGCUCAUUUAGUCAAGUGUCCUGUAAGAUCAGCUCCUCCCUCAGAAUAAAAGUUAAUGCAUGUUCCUCAGUCGCCCAGUAUGUGAAAGGAGAUAUGAGGGGAGACAAAUGAGUUGAUGGUCUAAAUUAUAUGAUUUGUGUCAUGUUAUCUUGAUGCCAAUUUGCCAAAUCUGAUACUGUGAAAAAAAUUUGAUAGCUUUUCUAAUGUCUGACUAGUAAAUUUUAAAAUGUCAUUCUUUUACAAAUCAUAAUUGAGUACUUUCGGUUAUUGCUGUCUUCAGUGUUUGCCCAAAGGAUUCUGAGGUUUAAAAAAAAAAAAUUAUGUGAGAUCUGAACAUCAGUUUACAGACAAAAUUAAAUUAGAGCUUUAUUUUAUUUGGAGAAGAGGGAUAUAAUGGAUUUUUUUUUCUUAUUAAUUGGAAAUUAGUAAUGCCUAACAAACUUUUUCACAAAAAAUGAAUCUUUGAAAUUUUUUAUUGUGGAAAAAAGUGUUAAGUAGCCAAAAUUUAAUAAGUUGUGUGGAAAGCUAACAUCACAGUGCAUAUAAACGCUCAGCUACAUUCCUUUUCAUCUUCAGUUUCUCUCAUGAAGUUCAGUUUUGUAGUUGAAGCAGUUUGUAUGCAAAGCCUACAUCUAAACACUUGAGUUAAUAAGUCAUUAACCACUCAGUACCAGACAUGGCAAAUCUCAAGUGAUGGUGGACUCCUGGCUCAUCAACUCAUGCCUCUUCCAUACCUUCCUGGCUUCACAGUCAAGGUCAGCAGGAAAGCUCAUUGCUCACCUUCAUGGUGACCUCUCCAUUAUUCUGUCUCAACUUGGAACCAUUUUCAGUUUAUUUACUAUGCAAUAGACAGUCCUUGUGUUGUACUCAGCUAGCUUUGGUUUAAUGUACCACUGCUUUGUCUUUCUGUUACACUUGUGGUGGUUUUGAUUUAUUUACUAUAUAUGCUGUGCCAUUUUGAUUUUUAUUUUGUUUGGUUGGUUGAAUAAAUUUGCGACACUCAGAACACUUGAGGUGAUAGUAAAAAACACAGUACCAGUAUUUGAUCCAGCCUCAUCUCAGCUGUGUUAUACCUGGACAUUUUAGAUGUUUAUCAAAGGUCUUUUAUGGGGAAGAAAGUAAAUGUGUAAAACAAUAGACGUGUGACGUUUAUGAGUAAUACUGGCUCUGAACAAACUUUUGAAAACUUAGUUGACAGUGUUUUGAGUCAACUGAAAAAAGCAUGACUUUUGGAAUCUCUGAAUGCCUUGGUUCUCAGUAUUAUCACUCUAUUGAAUUUUUUUCUUAUUAAAGUAUGUAGUUUUUAAGACUCUUUUCCUGACAGUAUUAUGUAAUUUUUUAGUGUGGGUAGAUGGGAGUGUCGCUUGUAUGUUACCAUACAGCUGACAUGUAUUUUUUGUCUGUUCUUUAUUAUCUUAGUAGUUUCAUGCUAUGUAUGUACCAUAACCAACCUAUUGCCUAUGAGAAACAUGUAAGAUAAUGUAUUUACAGCCAUUGUUACAAGUUUAUAAUGUAUUUUUCUAUCUUGUUUUAUAUGUAUGUUAUAUAACAUUCAAAAGAAUUUUUUUCUUGAUUGAGAAAAGGAUACAAAAUGCAAAAUCCACAAUUUUGAUAACUGAAAAUUGCCAAUUGUUUUGCAGUACUUUAUUAUAUUGGGUGUCUUGUCUUUCUUGAGCUUUUAGUUAGCUGAUGAAUGAAUACAUUAGACACUUCUGGGUUUUAGUUGGGAUUUUACAUAGCUUGCAUUUUAAUUCUUUGGUUCUUUGCUGUUUCUAUUAACCCAUAGCAUUAUUUUAAUAAAUGUUAUAAUACCAACCUACUAACUCUGGACUGUGUCUGUUUAUUAACCUUUACAUGUUUAAUGAAAAUAAACAGAGAUAAAUAAAAGUCUUGAGUUCCUGAACUAACAAUGAAGAACGUGACCACAUAUAACAUAAUGUGACUUGUUUUCUAUGUUGUUUGUCAGCUGACAGUUGUGCACACUACUGCUAAAAUGGCUUUGGGUAUUCUGGCCUUUCACCUUGGAUAGUAGGUGCUAGUGGAGAUGGAACAAAACAGCAUCUGUUUGAGUCACUCUCCUAGUCAUGCCAUUGGCCUUUCAACAUCUGCAUUACUAAUUCCACACUUUAUUUUUUCUGCUCCAGAAUAAUCCCUGUUUACUCACAGCAUAAAGAGUCAAGAGAUUUACUGUAAUGAUACACCCUGAGAAACCAGUUUGAUUCGCUGUUGAACCAUUUAUCUUAAUUUGUAGCAGGUUAUUUUUGGCCACACAUAGUUAUGAGUCAAUUGAUAUUUUCCCUGUGUUGUUUAACCAGCAGCUCCUGUUAGAGCUGAAUUAAGUCUGCUUCUCUACGCUGUGCAGCCCAGUCCUAUCUCUACCCAUCUUUACCCGUCAGUAUAUGAGCUCUUAGGAGGUUUGUCCCGUAUCCACUUUCAGAGCCGCCUAGGCAACUACACAAGAAGCAUGGCAGAGAGGAACACUGUCAUCUGAUGUAUGUGUGGUUAAUUUCUAGCAUCUAGCCGCCUAGGCAACUACACAAGAAGCAUGGCAGAGAGGAACACUGUCAUCUGAUGUAUGUGUGGUUAAUUUCUAGCAUCUAAGUAAGGCUAAUUUAAUACAUCUAAGAUUCUUUGCUGUCCCAUGCUUCACUUGGCUGCACUCUGUAGAAGAAAUUCUUCUUUAGCACAUAAGUCCAUUGUUGUGUGAUAGAUUCAUAAUUACCUUGUCUGUGGAGGAAAAAACAAAAACCCUCUUAGAAUAAACUUUGCUUUUGUAAGUAAUGCUUUAUAUUUUUAAAUUGUGCUUUAGAAUCCUUAAAAUUAAGGCCUGAGUUAUAUCUUUGUGAAAGGAUACAGUUAUAUUAUUUUGUGCAUACAUGACACUCAGAGUAGUGAGACUAGUUUAAUUAUCUUUGAUCAUUUUUAGUCCUGUACACAUGAAGUAAUUUGAUAAGAGGGGGAAGAUCACAUAGUAUCAUUGGGUAGACAAGUUCCCACUGCCAUAACAAGUAUGUUUAGUGCUCUAUGGGCAUUUUUAAGAUGCUGUCAUUCUGUUGCUGCACGAAAACUCCCAUGGUAAUUUGUCACAACUGUUGAUAAAGAACUGUAUAGUUCUGUAUAGUUUCAUAAUCUCUGAAUUCUGCGCAUGCAGUCUUGUCCCAUUUUCAGUGAGGGUACUUCCUAUUGAAAAUGUUCAAUGACAUUUUUACAUGGUGCAGAUAGCAUUACAAGCCAUAUAUUUAUAUAAGUGCAAUAAUAUUAGACAGCCAAAUUACUGGGAUGGGAAAGUUCUAGUGUCAUUUUAUUAGUUGGUGCUAUUUGAUGAAAUGGUUAUCUGUUUUUCUUCAAAAGGCUGGGGUAAUAUUAAUGUACUCAGUAAAGCAUUUUUUUUUCUUUAGGUAAGCUAUCUAGGGAAACAUGAAAAUUAAAUUCACAUCAUUGUAGUGCAGCAUCUUCAUGUAUGGCUGUGCCUGUAUGAGGGAGUUGUUGAAAUGGCCCUGUCUAUUUAAAAAAAAAAAAGUUUGUGUGCACAUGAGAGGUAUUUGGUUAAAGUUUUCUACUUCAUUGAUGGGUAAAAGCAUAUGGUGUGUGUGUGUGCAUGUUUGUGUGCUUCCACAAGUACCCGCAUGCAACAAAAACAAAUGACAGUUAUAAGUAAAAUUUCUGGUUGUGGUUGAACUUCCUAACUGAGACCAUUUCACCAAUGAAAUGUUUUGUGACGUGUGUGUGUGUGUGUGUGUGUGUGUGUGUGUGUGUGUGUGUGU